UGCCUUAUGAGAUUCCGCGAAUUAAAACCUAUGCUCGACAGGAUCAAGGAAAACGCCGGCGAAACUACAAGGAAACCCUUCCGUCUCUAUAUCAUGUCCAUCACUCAUGUGGAAAUAAAAAGACGCAAACGGAGACAAAGAAAAGCUGUUAAACGUCCCACGAAGAUAGCGGAAGAGUCGGUGCAUAGCAAAGAGAUGCAAGACGUGAUGACUCUGCCGUCAGCUAAAUCAGAGUCGUCCCUGAUCGAAUCAGUCGAAUGGGUUACCUCGGAUCCGGAAUUAGAUCCGCAUCGCGACGUUACAUCUCGCGGUUUUACACCGAUGCGCCAUUACUCAGCUUCGAUGCUCGAGAUAGCCGUUUUGGAGAACUACAUUACGACGCCCACGUUGGCACCGUUCAAGGAGUCCUUGAAACCAGACCAUGAUCGUGGAAAAACAACGGUGGAGAGGAUGGAGACACUCGACAGGACAUUCCGCAAUUACACGUCGGUCGCGAUCCCCAUCGAUCUCUGCGUCAUGGCAUGGUCGUUGAUCCACGAUCCCGCAUCUUGGUCAGAGCGCACUUUCCGCGGCUUGUUCGAGGCCAGCGUCGAUUACGCCCUCGACAGCGUGUUAGCGAGCGAGGACACUUCUGUGGGCGACAUGACCGACGCACUGCUACCGGAAUUCGAGAUCGCAAAUUACGCAUUCCGUGCGGUAUUCGCGCCGCUGCACUUUGGGACCCUGUAUGCCACGGAGGGAUGGAACUUGGCGAUGACUCUGUGCAAGAUAUUCGAGACGAAGAUCUAUACGGGCGCGAUCAUCGUCUGUCAUUACGCACACGUGGGUGUCACGAAGAAGGGCAACAAUUAUUUCGCUUGGUGGACGGUUACGGGGACGAAAAAUUUAAGAAUGAUCACGUCCAGAAAUAUGAGCGAAUUCCUUAAGCUGAUCGUCAAGGAGAUCGACGCGCCGCAGAAGACAGGAUUCGUCGUGAGAGCGAUUACCAUAUCCUACGCUCGUAAAUUGGCACCGGAUUGGAGCGACAUCGAAGGCCUUCACGAACCGAUGGCGCCGACGACAUCCCUAGCGAAGAUCCACCGGAAAGAAUCGGAAACACGCGAUAUUGAAGCGAUCUUCAAACCAAUCGAAUCAACUCCGAAACCGAUCUUUAUUCAUGGAACGGUAGCUUUACGCGAUCGAGAUAGUCUGCUGGAACCGCGAGCGAAACGAUGUUACUUCGUCGCGCUGUUAGCCGUUGUGGUAAAAAGGGACAUCGUUCAGUCGCCUCUUCCAGCUAUUAUCGAUAAGAUCCUCGAAGUGGCGGAAAGCUUAUAUAGGGAAUUCUCUGAACCAAAAUUUCACGUGGAGCAUAUCCUGCGAAACGUUCCAUUGAUGAACAGAUUCUUUGAUCUCCGGGACUGUGCCUCGUCCUUGGUCACGCUGACGACGAAUCCCCGAACUGGUAGAAACGACUUUCUCAUGAAAGUAAAGAAGUGUCUGAAAUGUCAUUUCAAGAUGUACACGAGCGGUAUAUUGCAUUUCACUAACUGCUGUUACGGCUUCUGGUAUUCAAGAUCGACCAAUUGCUAUUACUACUUGGAUCCCUAUCAGUGCGAUGCAAGAGGCAGGAAGACUUUAAGCGACGGCAACGCUUGCCUGUGCAUCUUCUCCUCUGUCUGUCAAAUGGUGAAACACAUGUGUCUUAAUCAGCACGAAGGCACGACUGGAUUUUUUCUUCAUCGGAUUCACGUGGACUCUAUCGACACACCAGCAUCCGAGAAGUUCCAGGAGGAUCCCAUGUGGGUCUACUUGGACUAUCACUGGAACUUUACGCAUUCGAUCGUGAGAGCGCGUAAGAAAAGAAAGGUCAGCGAUAGGUCCGCCUCAUCACAGAUCGAUCGUUUUUGGCAUAAUUACGUGGUCGAGGUGACAGGUUUGAUUUACUCCAUAUGGGGCACGAUAGGCGCAUACGAUUGCCGAUUUGGCGAUCGCGCCGGUAAGAAUCGCACGGCCAUAUGUGUGGCCGUGUUGGCUAUACAGAAUCUCUGUCAUCCUUCAAGAUGGAGCCCGGCUAUUCUGGACUCGGCUGUGAUCUGCGGAGAUACAUACUAUACAGAAAGUCUGAGGAGCCUGGCACGCGAGUGCUCGCAGCCGACAAACAGAUUUGGCCUACGAAGCUCUCUCAGGUUGUUCCCGCAUGUUUGGACUGUGGAUUUCGGCACAAGCGUGUGUGGCGUUCUUUAUGAUGAUCGAAAUCGAUUGACGUUAACUGCCGCUUUGAAACUGGCUUUUGAGGAGGCUCGCAACAUCAUUGUGGAAUGCAAUAAUAUCACUUUGGCUGUAUCAGCCGCCAAAAAUGCGUACUACGUCGCCGAUCCAUGUUGGAUCGGUCCGCCGUUGUUCGUGAAGGAUCGCGGUGCGAUUUACACUCUGUGCUGCAGAAACGUGUACGCUCUCGUGUACGCAAUCACGAAGAUGAUUAACACCAAUCAGAGACUUGGCGUUCGUGUCACGCCGGUGCUCUUCACGUUCGAUCGAGAAGACUCUCGCGAGGAACCUGAGCCUUGCCCCGCAACUGCAAAGAUUUUAUCGAGAUCCUUGCGAAGAGAUCCGGGAAGGAUCGACGAUCCUGGCAUGCGUAUUCCCGGAGCGACUGCGGUGCCCGACGAGAGUUCCUAUCCGCAGUAUCUGCAGCGUCUUGCAAGAGCUGUAACCGGAACUGGCAGCCAGCUGGAAGAAUGCCAACUGUCGUCACGUCAUACAGAGCCCGCAUUGAAUCCCGAGAAUGUGAAUAACACACUCGUGAGCGCUAAGUGGCGUCUAAAUCUUGGCCAAGCGCGACCCCCGAAGAGACCUCGGCCACCCUUAGAUCUUGUUUGGCUAAAAGAUGAUUCAACGGAGUUCGUUGACUCCGCGACUGAUCUGUUCGAACCGCGUCACUCGCAAGUUUCCAUCACGGAUUUAACAGCGUGCGAUUAUUACCCCAAACCGAUGGAUUUUGCCAGUAACAUUCCUGCGCCCGGUAUAGAAUUCCUUGAAUGUGCCAGCGAGCGUAGCUUCAUCAGGGAGCAGAGUCGCACGGAGUUCGACAAGCGUGCUGCGGAAAUGUCGCAGGAUCCAUACAAGAGUCAUCCACAUCGUCCACCCGUAAUCGUCAUUCAGAAGGCUGACGAAGCAACCGAAAAUGCUGAAUUAAGCGAAGCUACGACAACUGAUGCUACGGAAUUUACGGACAGCGAAUUUUGAAUUAGGAUGACUAACCAAAUGAAACAUCAAUGAAGAAACGAAGAAAUAUUUUCCUAGAAGUCGUGAUUAUAAACGAGUAGCUAUACCGAGUAGCUAUACCGUCAAUCAUUUUUUGCGAGAUGAAGCGUAUCGACAUAAUUAUUGCAGGAUGAGAAAUAAAACGUUGAAUGAUGGAAAUUUUAUGUAGUCAAAGUGCAAUACUGCGAGACCGAUAUACGUAGGUAUAAACCGAAACUUCCGACAGAGUCUGUUGAAAAACAACAAACGCAUUUAUUCCAAGAAAAGUUUCAUGUAAAAACUGUAAUAAUACAACGUAAAAAAACAUGUCAGAGAACACACCUGGAACAUUUUUCAUCAAUUAUAACAUUAUUACCGCCUCAUUGGCAUACUAAAUUGCACAUAAAAUGUCUGAUGUGUGAUAAUUUAUAAUAAUUAUAGAACGUGAUAUGCAAUACGCUUAUGUACACGUAAAAUAGACAGAGAUUAUUAAAUAAUUAUUGAGAGAACUAGAGAUUUAUAUGAUUAAAUUACAGAAUCAGAAAAAAAAGUAUAAUUUCAAAAGCAUUUUUUGUUUGCAUUAUGUCAUAGCAUGUAUUAUCUUUCUGGUAUAUUUACAAUAAAACUUCAAGAAUAUAAUAUAUAUCAGAUUUUUGAAGAGUUUAUGGAUUUUAAUAAAUUGGGAAUUGAAGGAAUUUGUAGAUCAUGUGAAUAAAUAUUAUAAUUUAGUCAU